GCUGUCCUUAACACCCCCUGUCCCACAGGUGUAAAGCUCAGUCCACUCACCACCAUGACAGCAGGAGCAGGGGCUCUGCACCUCUGGGUCGUCCUCGCGCUCCAGCUGGGGAGCGUAAGCCCGCUCGUGAUCCGGCGGGACAGGGGGACGUCGGGGCAGCAGGACAGUUUGGGUGAGAAGACUGUGGACGCGUCGAUCUACUUUAAGGAUUUACCUCGAGGUCCGGCGGUGGCUCCUCACAAGAAAGCGCCUCAGUUUAUGUUGGAUCUCUUCAACGCCGUUUCGGUCUCUGAUGGAACCCCGAAGAGCCAGAAGGAGAUACUGAGAGGAAACAUAGUGAGGAGUUUCGAGGAUAAAGGUGCGUAAUGGUAAACAAACGGAUAUUUACGCACGGACUGCGAUUCUCUCUCUUAAAGACUUUGUUAUCUUACCUAUAUUUACUAAAGUCAAAUGUAUCUUAUAAAUAUCAACACGAUUUAAUCCAGAAUUUGGCUACAUUAUAGCAAAAUCUUUAGGAACAGACUACAGAGUUGUUGCUGAGAACUUACAGCUGUUCACGCCUACGCGCAGCCUGAUAUUGUCUUGAACAGAUCAAUAAAUGAUGUCAGUGUUUUUCAAAUAUCUUUUUGUGGUAUUUUGCCAGCAGGUCACCCAGGAGAAAGAUUUCACUUCUUCAAUCUGUCCUCUUUCGGUCGUGAUGAGAUGAUGAUCAAAGCAGAGUUUCGUUGGUUCCGAAAGAAACAGAAGUUUUACCUCGGAAAGUCAAAUAGGGCACAUUUCUACAAGGUGACACGCCUUUUGUGAUAAUUUUUUAACAUGCCGUGAUGCAGAUGUCAUAGAAUUUAUUAUAGCCUUUGCAAAGUGCUUCCUAGAUAUCUGACAAAUCUUUAUAAUUUGCUGUAUUCUGGUGUAUAAAUUACCACAUUGCCACAAUCAUCUUAGAUUUCCAAAAUUGAAUCUACUUUAAGCCUUUGACUGAAGAUGACCGAUUGUUCCUCUGACUGAUCAGGUGGAUCUGUAUGAGGUACUGGACAGUAGAGUGAAGCCAUGGAGAGGGAACCUCAUCACCUCUAGACUGGUGCCUCUGUACACUCAGGGAUGGGAGGUUUUCAAUGUCACUCAGACGGUAACAGCCCCUCUUAACUCUGUUUUACCAAGUGUAUUUUUUUUCUUCAAAAAACUUUUUUCAGAACUUUUUUUUUGAUUCAGUGCAUCUUAUCUGUUUUUAAGGUGUCAAAAUGGAUCAGCAACAGCCAGGAGAAUAAUGGCAUCCUGGUGGUGACUACACUGCCCUCUGGUCACUGGAUUGAGUCGGUGAUGUCCUCUAAACAGGAUGGAGAGCUGACAGACACCGGUGCCUACCUGGUCAUAUUCUCAGAUGAUGGUGGGACAGGAGCAUCAAACCAGUCAUACCUGGGUAAAGUGAUCAAAAUGUUGGUUAUUAAUCUCAAGACAGCAACAAGAGGGCAAUUUUUUGUACUUAAAGAAUCACAUUUCUGCAGCAUCAAAAGUAUCAUCACCUCAUCAAAAAUGUGAUUAAAACUAUUUCUUUUAGUCACAGAAUGUUUUGCCUGGUAUUACAACAACAGAAUUUGUCAUGUUAUUAUUAACUCUUCUUUUUAAACACACAAGACUUACAUAUCCACACUCAGUCCCUGUUGGAAAAAGAGCAAAAACUCAAUCAAAAGCUCACACUUUAUUCAAAUACAGACUUUAAUUGAUCUCAUCAUUAAUGACCUUCUUUAUUUUUUCCACAGGACAAACCAAAGCUGCAGUAGCUCCUGAGCUUCAUGACCGACCCAACAGGAGACGACGUGCAUCUCCGGGUGUCUUGACACAUAGCCGAACUCAGUCCUGCAAGCGAGUCCCUCUAUUUGUUGACUUCGAGGAGAUUGGCUGGUCAGGCUGGAUCAUCUCUCCCCGGGGAUACAAUGCCUACCACUGCAAGGGCUCCUGUCCGUUCCCUUUGGGGGGAAACCUCAGAGCAACCAACCAUGCCACUGUGCGCUCCAUCAUGCAUGCACUCAAGCUGUCCCCUGAUGAGGUGGGGGCGCCGUGCUGUGUCCCUGACAAACUGCAAUCCAUCAGUUUAUUAUAUUUUGAUGAUGAGGAGAAUGUGGUUCUGAAGCAGUAUGAUGACAUGGUGGCGCUGAGCUGUGGCUGUCACUGA